ACUGAGCUCUCCUACACCUCUUAAUCAAUACGUCGCCAGUUGCAGCAGGGCUGUUCGUCACACCUGGGCUGGAUUUCCAUUCGUUACCUCAGGAUUCCGACUCCUCAAACGAACAGUGCGAGCAGUAGUCAUCAAGCAGGAGCCAAGUAGGAGCAUAGACCGGUCUCACAGUGCCUUCAUCCCUGGAUCAACACCGGUGUCGCUCAUAACGCCAAUAAGGGGUCUGCCACUUUUAUGUACCAGGCACAUGCUGAACGGUAAAUGGUUGAUAUGGUCACUCGCUCUGACUACCACCCCGCGCCCAGUCAGGACCGAGCUCUGAUCCACACCUCACGGUGACACCUUUGUGAAAGGGUCUAUUUAGGCCCAUCGAGACAGCUGAGCAUCUUCAGAGCCACUCAAGUCCACUUCGACAGUUGAUCACGUUGCAAUCACAACCUGUUAAUUUGUUAUAUGUGGCUGACUCAUAGGUGGCUAACUAUAUUAAUUUAUAAAUGAAUAAUCAGAAAAGCAUCAAGUGCUAGAACAAUUGUAAGACAUUAUUCCACCAAAGAAAAGAAAAAUGCUACUAUGAGAAAGAAAUUGUCUGUUUUGAGUUUGUGGAAGAAAAUGUAUGUACUGUGGUGAACUUCCCAUAGUUUAUAUAUAAACAAAUGGACAUAUUACAAAUAGAUGUUGUCCGGCAAGAUAUGGCCUAUGCUUGUGUCUGAAGGUCAUAUCCAAGGACAUUCUCUGUAUGUACUGCUGGUGAAGACUAAUUAGCAAUGUAAUUAGCAUCUUAGUCAGUGCUAUUCAGUAGCAUUAACGAUAACAACUGUUUGAUUGUUUAAUGCAUUUCUAUCCCUGUCAUCAAUUUCCCCAAUAGCCUGGUUAACAUAAGAUGGAAAUUGUUAUUGUCAGAAAACUAUUGCAAAGGCAAAUUAUCAAUGAUUUCUUAUUGAUUAGCAUUUCAUGGCCUGGAAGCUAUAGUGUAGAAUUGAUCGGUUGCUGUAGUGUAACAUUGACUUGCUGCCUGUGUUGUGUCCGCUCACAGCUCAGUUCACUGCAGCGGUACCGACUCACCCUCGUUAGUUUGUCCUGGGAAACAUGAACAGUUGGAUUAUUCAAGCAGGAAUUUGAUCUUCAAAUAAGAGCUGCAUGUCCAGUCCAGCGGCGAUGAAGAGAGAAGGGAGCGCCCUCGGCUCUCCCCAGAGCCUGGACCUCCUCGGAACAUCCAAGGUGAUAGAGCGAACUCAGAAGGUCACAGAGAAGGUGUCAAAGAUCCUCUCUCUGGAAACUGACGUGUUGCCAAAAUACAAGCUCCAACUCCCCGAGACGACAUGGUGGAUUCUGCUGCACUACAGCCCGUUCAAAGCCUUCUGGGACUGGAUCAUUCUGUUCCUGGUCCUGUACACGGCCGUCUUCACUCCGUACUCGGCGGCGUUCCUUCUGGACGAGCACGGAGACAGGGAGUGCGGCUACACGUGCGACCCUUUGAACGUGGUAGACUUCAUGGUGGACGUUCUGUUCAUCGUGGACAUCGUCAUCAACUUCCGCACCAGCUACGUGAACCACAACGACGAGGUGAUCACCGUACCGUGCAGGGUUGCCAAGCAUUACAUCACCGGAUGGUUCGCCAUCGACCUUUUCGCCGCCCUCCCCUUUGACCUGCUUAUCUUCCGCUCUCGCUCCGAUGAGAUGGCCACCUUUAUUGGCCUACUGAAAACAGCACGGCUGCUUCGACUGGUCCGAGUGGCCAGGAAGCUAGACCGCUAUUCUGAAUACGGAGCAGCCGUCCUAUUUCUACUCAUGUGCACCUUUGCACUCAUCGCACACUGGCUGGCAUGUCUCUGGUACGCCAUCGGGUUUUUGGAAAGGCCGUACACAGAGACCGGCUGGCUGGACAACUUGGCACAGCAGCUGGGCAAGAAGUACAACGACAGCGACCCCCGGUCAGGACCCUCCAUCAAAGAUAAAUAUGUGACGGCUCUGUACUUCACCUUCAGCAGCCUGACCAGCGUGGGCUUCGGGAACGUCUCCCCCAACACCAACUCUGAGAAGAUCUUCUCCAUCUGUGUCAUGGUCAUUGGCUCUCUCAUGUAUGCCAGUAUAUUUGGCAAUGUGUCGGCGAUCAUCCAGCGGCUGUACUCCGGCACCACUCGCUACCACACCCAGAUGCUCCGGGUUAAAGACUUCAUCCGCUUCCACCAGAUCCCCGGGGGGCUCCGCCUGCGGCUGGAGGAGUACUUUCAACACGCGUGGUCGUACACCAACGGCAUCGACAUGAACGCAGUUUUGAAGGGGUUUCCUGAGUGCCUGCAGGCGGAUAUCUGUCUGCACUUGAACCGAUCACUGCUGCAGAACUGCAAGGCCUUCCAUGGGGGCAGUGAGGCCUGCCUUCGGGCCUUAGCCACGAGGUUCAAAACGCUCCACGCUCCCCCGGGAGACGUCCUGAUCCACUACGGAGACGUCUUGGACUCCCUGUUCUUCAUCUCCCGCGGCUCCAUCCAGGUGCUGCGGGACGACGUGGUGAUCGCCAUACUCGAGAAGAACGACAUCUUCGGGGAGCCCAUUCAUCUGCACGACGAGCCGGGGAAGUCGAGCUCCGACGUAAGCGCAAUCACCUACUGUGACCUCCACUCCAUACCCAGGGAGGACCUGCUGGAGGUCCUGGAUAUCUACCCGGACUUCGCCAACACCUUCUGGACCAACCUGGAGAUCACGCUGGACCUGAGAUGUAUUGCCCGAGGACAGCUUCUAGAAGAUAGUGGUGAUGAAUGGGAGUAUCAACAACAGCCCAGGCAGAGGGGAUACUCACUUGACUGCAGAAUCCGACCUGAUGGAAUCGACCAUGACGACUCAUUUCCGCUCCAUUCGAUCGGUCAGCGUCACUCUGCUCCACAACCACGCUGCGGCUCCCCGCUCACCCGUUCCACUGAGGACCUGAGAGAGGCCCUCACGCUUGGCACCAAGUUGCAGCCUUCAGAAAAAAUCAGGUCGGACUGGGCUCCUUCUGCGGACAGACUGCUGCCCCCGGGAAGCGCGCCCGUAGUGGCGGAGCGGACUCUGGACAUAGCUUCGUCUGUAAACAGGCCUGGGAUGUUCCACUUCUGGCCCGACAGACAGUCGCUGCUGGUCAGCAGCCGGCCUCGGCCCUCUUGCAACCCUGACCCUCACCCUCACCCUCACACUGCGGGGGACACAGAGCUGGGCUCCAGACUGGAAGUACUGCAAUCUCAACUCAACAGGCUUGAGACCCGCGUGGCGGCAGACAUCACCGUGAUCCUCCAGAUCCUGCAGGUGCCCGCGGACCCGCCCGUCCCCCCCGCCUACAGCAUCGUGUCCUCCAAGGGCUCCCCCCUCCCCUCAGGGGCCUCCACUAGGCUCCGUCACCCCUCUACUGGGGCCCCUAGCCCCUCUCCUCUGGUCCCCGACCCGUCUACUGGGGUCUUCUCUACUGGGGGCCCUAGCCCCAACACUGCCCCACCCAGCCCCUCUGGGCCCCAUACCGGGGUCCCUACCCCGUCGAGUGGGGCCCCUAGCUCCUCUUCUGGGAUCUCUAGCUCCUCUCCUGGGGUCCCUAUCCUCUCUCCUAAGGAGCCUUACCCCUUUACGGGCUUCCCUAGCCCCCUUACGGGGCUCCGUAACCUCUCUCCUGUUGCCCCUGGCCCCUCUCCUGUUGCCCCUGGCCCCUCUACUGUUGCCCCUAGCCCCUCUCCUGUUGCCCCUGGCCCCUCUCCUGUUGCCCCUAGCCCCUCUACUGGGGUCUCUCGCCCCUCGUCUAGCCCCCCUAGCCCCUCGUCUAGCCCCCCUAGCCCCUGUACUGUGGUCCCUAGCCCCUCAAGUAGGUUUCCUAACCCCUUCGUCCAGUCACAUGGUUGACCCAUGGUUACCGACCAUGCACACCAUCUCUCCUGUACUUGCUGAACGGCCACCCAGGUAAUACGACUGCUGGUACUGCAUCCUGCAGCACAAUACAUGGCCUUCAAAUAAGAGGAAUACUAACACAGUCCCUAUUCUCCAUUGGUCAUCAUGAGCAGGUUUUAUAUGAGACAAUUAACAAUCAAUUUGUACUAGAGCUGUCAAGCGACUAAAAUAUUUAAUAGUGAUUAAUCGCAUUAAUGUCAUAGUUAACUCACGAUUAAUCGCGAUUAAUCGCAAAUUCUUUUUCGAUGCUAAAUAUCCCUUGAUUUUUUUGUCCCAUAAUUCUUCUCAUUUUAAUUCUCUUAUCAACAUGGUGAAGUGUAUCGGCUUGCCUUGUGCAAAUGAUUUUCUAUUGAUAACAACAUUGGCAUAUACUGAUCAAAACAGGACGAUACAAAAAAAUAGCCUAUAGUGCAAUUAAACGACUGCUUUGAACAAAUGUCAUUUGAACAUAGCAGUCAGGCUACUGCUUCUUUGUUUUGAGCCAAAGAAAUUAUUAUUUUUUUUAAAUAAAAUAAUUGCGUUAAUCGCGCAAUAUUUUUUUUAACGCCGUUAAAUUUGGUUUGCGUUAACGCCAUUAAUAACACGUUUAACUGACAGCUCUAAUUUGUACUUGACAUGGAAUAGAGGACUCUAUGAUUUGAUCUGUAUUCCAGCUCUGCCAAGAACCAAAUCCCAACAAAAAGCAUAAAACAAAUCUCAAGAGAACCCAGGGAACCAACCUUAGAGCCAUCCCACUCAACCAACCAACAAACAGACCAACCAUCGAGGGAACCAUCCCACCAAACCAACAGACCAACCAUCGAGGGAACCAUCCCAGCCAACCAACCACCCAACCAUCGAGGGAACCAUCCAGUGCCGCUGCUAGCUAUUUUGGGGCCCUAAGCAUAACUCCUUUAUGAAAAAGGAAACCAACCAGCCAGCCAGGGAACCAACCAGCCCGGGAACAAACCAGCCCGGGAACCAACCAGCCCGGGAACCAACCAGCCAGGGAACCAACCAGCCCGGGAACCAACCAGCCCGGGAACCAACCAGCCAGGGAACCAACCAGCCAGGGAACCGGACCUGAUCUCUGGAGGUCCAGAAACAACGGUCUGACCCAUCUUCACCUCAACGUUAGAGGAAAGGGAUGAGUGCUGAUGAGUUGAUCAAGUUAAGAAAUGUAAACUGGAAUGCA